UGCAUAAAAAGGAAGGGAGAGAAAUUGAGUGGACUUUUUGAGUGAGGGAUGUAGGCUAGCCAAUAAAGCCACAAAAUCUACCAAGCGACUUUUACGAUUUUUUGAGAGGAGAAAUUACUUUCUAAUUCUAAGUAACUGAACUGCGGUGGACAGACCGAGUCUGACUGUGAGUUGCAGAAGCCCCAUCAGGAUGGAGGCGAGGGUGCACAAGGAGCUGUCAACUUUCUUGGAACGACACUCACUGGGAGGUUCAAUAAGCAACAUCGAUGAAAUUGUUCUGUCAUACUUGCUUGGGAUCAUGGAGCUGAUUGGUCAGGGGGAGGUGGAGGACUGCUUCGACCUGGAGGAUGUCAUGGAGAUGAUGGCAGCUUACCUGCCAGGCUUUGAAAUAGUGGACAGGUCAAGCGUGAUGGAGUGGAUGUUCAGCCUGUCCUCACAGCUGGCCAAAGGGGAAGACACUGCAUCGGAGACUGCUUGUCCUGUGAAGGAGGAGGAAACUGAACAAAGAGACGCCGAUGAACACAACAGCCAGACAGACACGGACAGCAAGAUCUUGCACGGCAGUAUAGGAGGCAAAGACUCCAAGUUUCCCAGCUACGACUUCACAGAGUCGGCCAGCUCCCCUCCCCUCCCACAAAUGUCAGUGAUGCCUCGUUUGACAGAUAUCAAAGACGAACCUUCUCCCGACCCAGAUACAAACAAAGAAAGUUCGAGACCAGCUGAGUGGAAGAAGAUUACGUCAGCAAAGAGCGAGACCAUCACGUUCGCUCCGGUCAACGGUCUCUACGCCGCACGUGACAAGAGCAAGAACAGCAAGAGGAAAGGGAGGCAACUCAGUUGUUCCUCGCAGGAGAGCCAGGAGGAUGCCGUUCCGGGCAGGGCGGAGGUCGUGGAGACGGGCGAGGGUCAGGUGCGCUCCCUGCUGGAGAUGUUCCCGGCAGCCUGCACCAUGGAGGCGCGGCACUGUCUACAGCUGUCCAACGGCGACCUUGACCUGGCUGCACAGCUGAUCAUUGACAGGCAGGAGACGGGGCAGGCUCUCCGGUCACAGGCGAAGGGGACUUUGAAGAAAAAUGCCAAAGUAAAGAAGUCAUGUGACUACAAGCUUGACGAUGCCAGCCUCAAGUCUUCUGUUCUACAGAAAUAUUCCUUCAUUGACACAGAGGAAGACAAGAAGACGUAUAAACCUCCGCCUCUGAAGGGAGAGGCCAAGAAGCUGGUUCGUUAUCGCGACGGUCAGAUCGUGAGUGUGAAGGGCGAGCGUUUCUCCGAGGUGAAGAAGAAGGACAGCGAGGAGAUGAAGGAAACCUACGUCAAUCUAAAACCAGCCCGGAAAUACAGGUUCCAUUAGGGGCGAUUAUCGGUGCGGGGGUUGAUCAAACGUUUCGCGACCUCAGUGCUUUCUUGUCGUAUCUCCUUUUUUUAAAACAGUGAAAAUGUGACUUCUUCUUU